AUGAUCACGUACAAUACUUAUCAAACAACAACAACAAAUGUUAUAUCAUUAGGAAAAUUAUUUCAAUUAAGAAAACAAUAUCUUCUGAAUGGAUUAGGUGUUGAUAUUGAUGAAAAAUCUUUUCUUCGAAAAAAUGUAUCUCUUGAUCAAUUAUUAAUUAGAGAAUUAUUAGAUUUUUCUACAUUAACUUGUCCGAAUUUAGUGAAAACAUGGUGUAGAUUUGCUGAUUGGGCUUAUAAUUGA